GUUGCACAUUCUGUCAGUCCGGGGCUCCUGGAGGAGAGCAACAUCCCAAAGAGAGAGUGAGAGAGUGAGGGGGUAGAGUCAGUGUGAACGCAGGGGGGGGGGGGUUGCCACUUUUUGCUCCCAAACACCACACUUCAAGAAAGUGCCUCUCCGCUUCAGCCGGGAUGGAGAACGCGCACACCAAAGAGCCAGAGGAGGUCCUGGCCAACUUCGGCGUCACCGAAGACAAGGGCCUGUCGCCUGAGCAGUUCAAGAAGAACCUGGACAAGUAUGGCUACAACGAGCUGCCAGCGGAGGAGGGUAAGAGUAUCUGGGAGUUGGUGGUCGAACAGUUUGAGGACCUCCUGGUCCGAAUCUUACUGCUGGCCGCCUGCAUCUCUUUUGUACUGGCUUGGUUCGAGGAAGGUGAGGAAACAGUCACAGCCUUUGUUGAGCCUUUUGUCAUCCUCCUCAUCCUCAUUGCCAACGCCGUCGUUGGCGUGUGGCAGGAGCGCAACGCAGAGAGCGCCAUUGAGGCUCUGAAGGAAUAUGAGCCUGAGAUGGGUAAAGUUUACCGGGCGGACAGGAAGAGUGUGCAGAGAAUCAAGGCCAGGGAAAUCGUUCCUGGUGACGUAGUGGAGGUCUCUGUUGGUGACAAAGUACCAGCAGACAUCAGGAUUAUCUCCAUCAAAUCCACAACUCUCCGUGUGGACCAGUCCAUCCUCACUGGUGAGUCGGUGAGUGUGAUCAAGCACACCGAUGCCGUCCCGGACCUCCGAGCCGUCAACCAGGACAAAAAGAACAUGUUGUUCUCUGGCACCAACAUCGCUGCUGGAAAAGCCACUGGUAUCGCUGUGGCAACUGGUGUCUCCACUGAGAUUGGGAAGAUCCGUGACCAGAUGGCUGCCACUGAGCAGGAGAAGACCCCUCUGCAACAGAAACUGGACGAGUUUGGGGAGCAGCUCUCCAAGGUCAUUUCCCUGAUCUGUGUGGCUGUGUGGAUCAUCAAUAUUGGCCAUUUUAAUGACCCAGUCCAUGGUGGCUCCUGGUUCCGUGGUGCAAUCUACUAUUUCAAGAUUGCUGUGGCUUUAGCUGUGGCUGCCAUCCCUGAAGGUCUACCUGCCGUCAUCACCACCUGUCUGGCUCUGGGAACACGCCGCAUGGCCAAAAAGAAUGCCAUCGUCAGAAGCCUGCCUUCUGUGGAGACCCUGGGGUGCACCUCAGUCAUCUGCUCUGACAAAACCGGUACCCUCACCACCAACCAGAUGUGUGUGACCAAAAUGUUCAUUAUUGAUAAAGUGGAUGAUGACAAUGUCACUCUUGGUCAAUUUGACAUCUCUGGCUCAAAGUACACCCCUGAGGGAGAAGUUACAAGGAGGGGCAUGAGUGUAAAAUGUGGCCAGUAUGAUGGACUGGUUGAGUUGGCAACCAUCUGCGCUCUUUGCAAUGACUCCUCACUGGACUACAACGAGUCAAAGGGAAUUUAUGAGAAAGUGGGUGAGGCCACUGAAACAGCUCUGAGCUGCUUGGUGGAGAAGAUGAACGUGUUCAACACUGAAGUGCGUAGCCUGUCCAAGGUGGAACGAGCCAAUGCUUGCUGCAGUGUGAUUAAGCAACUAAUGAAGAAAGAGUUCACACUGGAGUUCUCCAGAGAUAGGAAGUCCAUGUCAGUUUACUGUUCUCCAGCAAAGUCUGGAAAAGCCCCAGUAGGAAACAAGAUGUUUGUCAAAGGUGCCCCAGAAGGUGUGAUUGAACGUUGUUCAUACGUUCGCGUGGGCACUACUCGUCUUCCCUUGACUGGGCCGGUCAAAGAUCACAUCAUGGCAGUAAUCAAGGAGUGGGGCACCGGGCGCGACACCCUCCGUUGUUUGGCACUGGCCACCUGUGACUCUCCUCUAAGGAAGGAGGAAAUGAACCUGGAGGACUCCACUAGGUUUGCAGAGUAUGAGACUAACUUGACCUUUGUGGGCUGUGUUGGUAUGCUUGACCCUCCGCGUAAGGAAGUCAUGAGCUCCAUCGAGCUAUGCAGAGCUGCGGGCAUUCGGGUCAUUAUGAUCACCGGUGACAACAAGGGCACGGCAGUGGCAAUCUGUCGCCGCAUCGGCAUCUUCUCUGAGGAUGAGGACGUCACCAGCAAGGCCUUCACCGGUCGUGAGUUUGAUGACCUGUCUUCUUAUGACCAGAAGAACGCAGUCCGUAAGGCUUGUUGCUUUGCCAGGGUGGAACCGUCCCACAAAUCGAAAAUUGUUGAGUUCCUCCAAGGCUUUGAUGAGAUCACUGCCAUGACCGGUGACGGAGUGAAUGAUGCCCCUGCCUUGAAGAAGGCGGAGAUUGGCAUCGCCAUGGGCUCUGGCACUGCCGUUGCCAAGUCUGCCUCUGAGAUGGUCCUGGCUGAUGACAACUUUUCUUCUAUCGUAUCCGCUGUCGAGGAGGGCAGAGCUAUUUACAACAACAUGAAGCAGUUCAUCCGCUACCUCAUCUCGUCCAACGUAGGCGAGGUUGUCUGUAUCUUUCUGACUGCAGCCUUGGGCCUACCUGAGGCGCUGAUUCCAGUUCAGCUGCUUUGGGUCAACCUUGUGACUGACGGGCUUCCUGCCACCGCUUUGGGCUUUAACCCUCCAGACCUGGAUAUCAUGGGGAAAGCCCCUCGAUCGCCCAAAGAGCCCUUGAUCUCUGGUUGGCUCUUCUUCAGAUAUCUAGCCAUCGGAGGUUAUGUUGGUGCUGCAACUGUCGCAGCAGCUGCCUGGUGGUUCCUGUAUUGUGAGGAGGGCCCGUUAGUCUCCUUCAAUCAGCUGUCACACUUCAUGCAGUGCAGUGACGACAAUGAGGACUUCGCUGGGAUCCACUGUCAUGUGUUUGAGGCUUCUCCUCCAAUGACUAUGGCUCUGUCCGUGCUGGUCACAAUUGAGAUGUGCAACGCUCUAAACAGCUUGUCUGAGAACCAGUCCCUGAUGCGCAUGCCCCCUUGGAGCAACGUCUGGCUGGUAGCUGCCAUGACCCUCUCCAUGUCCCUUCACUUCAUGAUCAUCUAUGUGGACCCCCUGCCCAUGAUCUUCAAGCUCACUCACUUGACUGUGGAGCAGUGGAUUGUGGUAUUAAAGCUUUCCUUUCCAGUGAUUCUAAUUGAUGAGGUCCUCAAGUUUGUGGCUCGCACAUAUCUGGAGGGUAAAGUCUAACAACGAAGUGCAACAACGUUGAGCUGAGACCGAGCGAAAAAGAGUGGACAAAAGAGGCCAAGCGCUCCCACCGAAAGAGACAGAGAGCGUGUGCCAACAGUCACUUGGGGUGAUCUGAUAGAACAGAACAUACAUAAGCCAUCUGAAAAUACACCAAGCUGCAAAAUAUUUUUUUUUUUCUGUGUAUGUACUGAAAUUAAUAUAUAUGUCGGUGUUAAUUAUUAUAAUUAUACAGUGUUCUAUUCUUAAAUAAUAAAGAUA